AUGAAUCUAACAUCAUCACCCAUAAAUCACUCGCAUCCGGCCUCCCCUUCAUUUGUUCAUUCUCCAGUCUCGCAGAAUGAUGCAAGUUCAAUAACACGUUUGGCGGAGGACACGGCCCACCUGUCUGUCAACGGUAGUGCCGUGCCCGCCGUGUCGCACUCUACAGGUCUCUCUACUGCCCCUGUAGUGAAGAAGCCCAAGAUGACGCACCGUCUCACCCGCAUGUUUUCGCGAACCGAGCAAAAAGACAUUGAUGCUGCCAAAGUCGAGUUACAAAGCAAAGACGCUUCACCCGUUCGAUCAGAGAAUGGCCAUUCCAAUGGCUCAGCGAGGCCCUCGGUUGUCCGAGAGUCAUCGUACGAGGAAAAGAGAGAAGGCAAGAAAAUGAGCGUCUCCAAAGAGAAGAAGGGUGAUGUCUCCCCCGAUAUUGGGACCCCCGUCCAUAAGAGAUUUGAAGCUCUUGAGGACGGAACCCACGCUCACUUUCUCAAGUCGGCGAGGCGUCAGGAGAAGCUCUCAGACAUGCUCCGAGACAUGCUUACCGGAGGCAAGAAGAAGGAUGCAGAUGGUGGCGAACAACAGCUGUCACUCAUGUCAUCCUGGGUUGACCAACUCAGAUCCGAGAAGGAUAGCCUUGCUUCAGAGAAGAAGGGCGGUCCAAAUGCGACUGCCAACUUGGUCGAGAAGUACGGAAAAUGUCAGGAAAUUGUUGGUCGUGGGGCCUUUGGAAUCGUUCGCAUCUCUCACAAACCCGACCCAAACACUGCUGGAGGAGAAUUGCUGUAUGCAGUCAAAGAAUUCCGCCGUCGACCACAGGAGACGUCCAAAAAGUACCAGAAACGUCUAACCUCGGAGUUCUGCAUCUCAUCUUCCCUUCGCCAUCCCAACAUCAUUCAUACUCUUGAUCUCCUUCAGGACGCCAAGGGGGACUAUUGUGAAGUCAUGGAAUAUUGUGCCGGGGGUGAUCUGUAUACACUAGUACUUGCUGCUGGUACACUUCAAGUUGCCGAAGCGGACUGCCUUUUCAAACAAUUGAUGCGUGGUGUGGAAUACAUGCACGAGAUGGGAGUUGCACAUCGUGACCUCAAACCGGAGAAUGUACUGUUAACCACGCAUGGUGCUCUAAAGAUUACCGAUUUUGGCAACGGUGAAUGUUUCCGAAUGGCCUGGGAGAAGGAAGCACAUAUGACCGCCGGACUUUGUGGCAGUGCUCCUUAUAUCGCUCCAGAAGAAUAUGCUGGAGGAGAGUUUGAUCCCAGAGCCGUGGAUGUUUGGGCGUGUGGUGUCAUCUAUAUGGCAAUGCGCACUGGCCGUCACCUGUGGAGAGUCGCCCGUAAAGACGAAGAUGAAUUCUACGAGCGUUAUCUUGAGGGUCGCAGAGAUGAAGAUGGCUAUGCCCCUAUUGAGACUUUACACAGAGCCCGUUGCCGAAACGUCAUUUACUCAAUCCUCGAUCCUAAUCCCGGACGAAGAAUUACUGCCUCCCAAGUUCUCAAAUCUGAAUGGGGCAGAGAGAUCAAGGUUUGCAAAGCUGGUGAGGAGGGUUAUUGA